CAGCCCAGAUGGGCUUGGUCACUGGCCGGGUUUGGUACUGGUUGGAGGCUGUGACUUGAGUCAGAAUGUUACGUGAGGAAUAGUUUAUAAACCGAGCCCCAAUGUUAACCCGAUAUCGUUUGGAACCAUAAUAUAUGUGCAUUAUUUUAAAAUGACUGAUAUUAAUAAAACAAUACAAAAAUGGCACGCAAGUUUCAAAAAGGGUACAGACUUCGAUUCCUGGGGACAGUUAGUGGAAGCUAUCGACGAGUACCAAAUAUUAGCCAGGCAUUUGCAGAAGGAAGUGCAGUCAACGGCCAAUUCAUCUGAACUCUCAGAGGACCAAAAGAAAACACUUGGCAAAAUAGCAACAUGCCUUGAAUUAAGAAGCACGGCUCUGCAGACAACACAAUCUCAGGAAGAAUUCAAAUUGGAAGAUCUGAAGACUCUAGAGCCAAUUUUAAAGAACAUUCUUUCUUAUAACAAAGAUUUUCCUUUUGAUGUUCAACCUGUCCCUAUAAGGAAAAUCUUGGCACCUGGAGAAGAGGAGAACUUGGAGUUUGAGGAAGAGGAGGAGGGUGGAGCUGGAGCAGGAACCCCCGACUUCUUCACUACCAGAGUUCCAGGUACUCUCCUACCACGACUGCCCUCCGAACCAGGCAUGGCUCUGCUUACUAUAAAAAUAGAAAAAAUUGGACUCAAGGAUGCAGGGCAGUGCAUCGACCCCUACCUGACAGUCAGUGUAAAAGAUAUUAAUGGAGUGGAUCUGACCCCUGUACAAGAUACCCCUGUGGCUACAAGAAAGGAAGACACAUACGUACACUUUGCUGUUGAUGUGGAAAUCCAGAAACACAUUGAGAAGUUGCCAAAGGGAGCUGCUAUUUUCUUUGAAUUCAAACAUUACAAACCCAAGAAGAAGUUUACAAGCACAAAGUGUUUUGCUUUUAUGGAAAUGGAUGAAAUCAAAGCUGGAGAGAUAGUUAUAGAACUAUACAAAAAGCCAACUGACUUUAAGAGAAAAAAGCUGCAUUUGCUGACCAAGAAACCGCUGUAUCUCCACCUCCAUCAAACGUUGCAUAAGGAGUGAUUUACUGCAGCUACUGGGGCAAACGAACAAGUGUUGUGGUAACUGUGUGUGUAUGUGUACAGCAGAAUCCCAGUCGUGCUGGACAGCACAUCUCUAUGAUCAACUACUUGCAAUAACAGUAUCAGUGUUCAGUGUUCCCUGAAGACAACAUCCUAUGUCCAAACUGCUGCUGGUGCAAUUCAGGAAAUUUUCAUGCUGGUUAACACCCAGUUUAUUAUUUUAGCAACUGAUUAAUCCCAAACUGUUGGAGAACAACUUCACAAAGCAGGCUGAAUGAGAAAAUACAAGUUACUAAUGGAGCAGUCAUGUUUAAAACCCACUUUCCAUGCUGUGAUCAUCGAGGCAGCAGCUUUGCAGUUAACUGUUACACUAAAGGACAAGAUUAAGUGGACAAAUAAAGGAUCUUGGCUUCUGUGUUUUAAUGUGGAGGUGUGAGUGGUGAACAGUAUAUAGUGGUACUUUUUAACAAGGACCCUUCUGUCUGUCUGGAAGCUUAGCUAGAAAUGUAUUUGAAGUGCCAGAGUGAGAUGUGUUUGGCCAAAGCUCUAAAAAUUGUAUUCUUUGUCUAAUCAUUGCACUACAACAGCAUGUAGCACUGUUUUUUUGCCUUUGUACAUAACUGUUUAGUAUCCUGUUCAUUAACACUUGUGGAGUUUAUAAUAAAUUUUAUGGUAUAAUAAUGAG